UCUUUUGAAGUGGAGGAAAAUCGUCAAGCCAAGAAUACGCUAGCCACAAUUCAAGAUCUAGUGUCAAAAGAAGGACCGGGGACAUUGUACAGAGGAAUUGUGCCAGUUCUCCAGAGUCUGUGUGCCAGUAAUUUUGUGUAUUUCUAUACAUUCCAUGGGUUGAAACGCAUGAGAAAUUCGCGGAAUCAGACAGCGGGCCAUGAUUUGCUCCUUGCAUCCAUUGCAGGAGUCACGAAUGUUUUGACAACAACACCUCUUUGGGUUGUAAACACACGUCUAAAGACACGAGGAAUUGGAGGUGUUCAUGAACCAAAUAACAAUGACUACGUCACCCUCUUAGAGGGCAUUGCACACAUCUGGAAGUACGAGGGCAUUAGGAAACUUUGGGCUGGCACUUUACCAAGUUUGAUACUUGUGUCAAAUCCAGCUAUUCAAUUUAUGAUUUAUGAAAGUAUUAAGAGGAGAGUUAAUGCGUCAUUGGGUACACCAGCCUGGGUUUUCUUUACUAUUGGGGCAAUAGCCAAGACUGUCGCUACAACUCUGACGUAUCCUCUGCAAUUGGUACAGACUAAACUCCGGCAUGGGCAUAACUACAAGAAUCUUCCAUCAAAUGCGGGGACAAUACAAAUUCUUCUUUACAUUCUCAAGAUGCAAGGAUUGGGGGGACUGUACAAAGGAAUGGAAGCCAAAUUACUACAGACUGUUCUGACAGCAGCUCUGAUGUUCCUAGCGUACGAGAAAAUAUCAAAAUUUGUCUUUCGCAUUCUCCUCCUGCACAGACCAAUGCUUAGAUAAUUUCGAUUGAUUUAAGGUCGAGUGACGAAUGUUAAAGACAAAUUAUUUCAACAAGAGUGUUUUCUGUUGUAAUUUUGUAUUCUUUUUUGUACAUUAAUACAACUGUCAUUUAAUAAACUAUAAAAAUAA